AUCUAAUCGGAAACGCAAGGAGAGAACGCACGGUGCCACUGAACUAUGGAGAAUAAUGACCGUGAUCCCAUAAUGCUCUAUUCCGAUACCAGUCAGUAAUUGCCCACAAGUCAUGAUGCUUUUAAGGAAAAGCGUGCAGCGACAGUGUUAGCGCCUCGAAGCAUGGCUGGUACUGAGCGCUUCCGCUUAUUAAGACACCGUUAAUUAUUGGGCACACUUGAAGCCAAGAUGGCGAUGUUCUCGAGUGCGGCAAGCACGAGCAGCAGGGGCUCUGCUUCAGAGGAGGGAAACACAGGACCCAGCCGACUGAAGAACGUUGGGAGCCCAGAUGGUGAAGAGGAAAGGAAUGAUUUUGAAGAAACACACAAGAUUCAGGCGGGCGUCUUCUCCGUCCUAUACAUUUUAUCAAAGGAAAAGAUGAAUGAAAACCUCAAGUUUACAAUCAUUAAGCUGAUGUUUGAUUUUACGCAGCUGUUUGCCUUGGUGGUGAAUCCGGCUCACGGCUGGGCAGUGGACAGCUCAAGCGUUUACUGGCAGGUUCUGACUUUCUCCCGCUGGGACUACAUCGUCUCGCGCUUUCUGGGCUACAAGGCCUAUGUCGCCAUCCUCUACACGAUCACCGGCAUGCUGUUCAUGGCGCUGGCGCUGUGCGGCUGGAUCGCCUACUCCUACAAGAACAGGAGCUUCGCGUACCUCUGGCCCACCCACGUGCUGCGAAUCUACGCCACCAUCCAUUUCGGUUUGUUCGACAUCGCCACGCUCACGCUCAUCCAAGUCUCCUACGACUGCCAGUUCCUUGGCAGUGGCAGGACAGCGCGGGGCCACAUGGCCACCUUCCCGGAAAAGAUUUGCUACCACACACCGCACAUCAUCCCCUUCAUAGUUGGCCUCAUCACCCAGGUUGUGUUUGUGGUUGCGGCCGUCAUCUUCUUCACGGGCGAGUUCGAGGUCAACCCCAUCAGCCGCCGCUUCACCUGCUGCGCCCACAGUCACGUGGAGGUGCGCGCCUUCCUGCUCAAGGUGGUGAUGACCAUGGUGUACGUGCUGCUGGGCUGGCUGCAGGUGCAGACGGCGCUGCAGGCGUUCCUGUGUCUGGCGCUCACUUGGAUCUUCUUCAAGAAUAUGCCGUACAUGUUUGGCAUCAUCAACCACAUCCGCGUGGGAUCCUACCUCGCCGUCUCCUGGGCCGCCAUCCUGGCUGUAGCCAUCCUGUUUAAGCCCGGUGGCGGCGCCACUGCCGUACAACGGUACGAACAGCGCAUCACCGAUGUGAUGUUGUACGGCCUGGGCCCCAUUGGCCUGCUGGGCUUCCUCUCGUCGUACCUGAGACUGACAACCUGGUCGCGAUUCGUGCUUAAACGCUUCAAGGAGGCCCAGCCCGGCAGCAAGGUGAAGGACAUAUACCGCUUCUCCGACCCCAUCGAAGUGGAGAUCAUCAGCCGAGUUGCACGGCACUGGAUCGAUGACGAGGUGUUAGACAUGGAGAGUGUGAAGGAGGCUGAAGCCAUCAUCAAGGCGGGCCUGGUGCUGUUCCCCACGCGCGCCUUCAUGAUCAUGCUGUAUUCCAACUUCCUGUGGGAUGUGCUGGAUAACCCGCAGGCGGGCUACAGCCAGCUGCAGGCCGCUAAGAAGGCCAACCCCAACUACAUGGAGCGCUUCGCCAUCUACCGCCGAGAACAAGAGCACCUGGCACGUACGGCACAAACCAAGGGGAACGGCGAGUCCACGCUGGACCUGGUGUCGUACGUGGAAUUCCAAAGGAACUACCGACUGGCCAUGCGGGCCCACCGGGAGGCCUUGGUGGCCACUCGCAACUUCUGGCAGUACCUGCUGCAGCAACACAUCACCUUCACGCACCUCUCCAAGAGCCUCAACGCCAUUGAAACGGCAAUCAUCAAGGCUGACAAGGUGUACCGCACCGUCCUGGAGCGCUACCCCUACUCCGCCAAGAUGAUCAAGGGCUACGCUCGCUUCCUGGAGGGGGUGAAGAACGACCCCUGGCGUGCCUCCAAGUUCUACACGGAGGCUGAGAAGCUGGAGGCGGAGCGCGAGGAGGAGGCGGCGGCGCUGGAGCUGGAGGGGCUGGACGGGGACAACGACUCGCGGCUACUGAAUAAGGUGGACGAGCGGGUCAACGCGGUGAUCAUCAUCAACAGCCGCGGCCAGAUCCAGAUGGCCAACAAACUCGCCUACAGCAUGUUUGGCUACAACAAAGGCGAGCUGGAGGGCAAGAACGUGGCCAUGCUGAUGCCGCUGCCCUUCAGCCAGCGCCACAACGGCUACAUCAAACGCCACAUCACCACCGGCCGCGAGACCGUCAUGAACCGCGUGACGGACCUAGUGGCGCUGCACAAGGACAGAUUCGUGUUCCCCUUCAGGCUGGCAGUGUCCAAGGUGUCGGGCGCGGGAGACGAUUCGCUGUUCAUGGGUGUGAUCAUGGGCGUGGAACCGCCCAGCGACACCGCAAACGUGUACAUCUUGUCCGGAGGCGCGGUGGCGGCGGUGGAUCAGGCCUUCGUGGACUGGUUCGGCUACACGGUUGAGGACUACCUAGGUCACCCCGUGCACACCCUGGCAGUGGACCCCUCGCCCUUCAAGCGCCUGGUGGAGGAGGUGACGCGGCACGACCAGCCCGACGAGGACGCGGUGUGCCCGGUCUUCCUGGGAGCCAAGCACGCGCUCAUCAAGCACAAGUACACGGACCCCGUGGAUGUCAGCCUCAGACUUAAGGCCUCGGGUUUGGGCACGGAGACCAUCUACCGCGUGGAGAUGCGGCGCAACCAGCCGCCGGUGGAGCUGGUGCUGACCAACCGCAAGGGGCGCAUCUGCUUCAUCACCUCCCCGCUGGCCCGCAUCCUGGGCCACACGCCGCGCUCGCUGCGCAAGGUUGACAUCGGGGACCUGCUGCCGCAGCCCUUCGGGGCGCUGCAUGCGGCGUGGAUUCGGGAGGCUGCCGAGACCAAGCCCUCCCCGCACAGCUGCCGCGCCAGCAUCACCAUGGUGCUUGGACCCACCCCCAAGACGCAGCAGCCGGUGCGACUAGCCAUCAAGUCAACCGACGAGUCAGGCGAGCAGCAACAUGUGGUCAAGGUGACUCCCUCCACACUGGUAGAGGGCCUGGACGAGCGCCGCCUGCGCAUCACCAUCGACACCACCGGCACCAUCACACAGGUUGGCUCCUCACCCACCUGGCUCUUUGGCUUCAAGCCGGCAGCCCUGCGCGGCCGCUCGCUAGCCGACUGCAUUGACGUGCUGCACCAGAACGCCCGCGCCGCCAGCACCGCCGCCGUCGCCGCAGGCAGCGGCGCCGCCGCUGCUGACGCGGCUGCUGCUGCGGAGCUGCGCAAGGUGGUAACGUUGCUGCUUGGGCGUGCGUUGGAGCGACCGGGAACCUCCUGGCGAGUGGGGGUGAUGCCGCCGCUUGAGAACAUUCGUUCGCUGGGCAGCAUCGCGACGGCGUUGCUGGCUAAGCAAACCCGGCCUGCGGUCAUGGAGUUGGAUGUGAAGGUGGACCUGGAGGACUUGGCGGCGGGUCGGGAUGUGAUGAUCAACAUCUCGUUGUGGCGUGCGGAUUUGGUGUGUGGGGUGCUCGAGGUGGAUAAGGAGGGGCUGGUCCUGACGUCGCAGGAGCACCCGUUCUUUCCGUCUGGGCUGCUGUUUGGCAUUUCCUCGGCAGGGCUGCUGCGGCAAGGCCUGGGUCGCUAUUUACAGCUGGGCAGUCGAUCCGUUGAGUCCUUGUUUGCGAGUGAAUCCAAGACGCUUUCCGGGAAGAAGGGCGCGCUGAAGAGCAGCGGCAUGUCGGCGAGAAAGGUGGGGCCGUUGAGGACAAUCAACGGCUUCCAUGCAGACGGCGAGCCGUUGCCGCUAACGGUGCAGCUGGUGCGCAAGGAGGGCACUUCUAGCCGCUCGUACGUGGUGAUGCACUUCAAGGAGCCGACCCGUGGGUCACGGGACUUCCUCAUGCACCUCCAGCGUGGGCCGGUGGAGCCGCGGCAGCAGAAUGAGGCAUCGUCGGACGGCGCCGCCGUCGCCGGCGGGGUGUCAGGUAGUGGUGCGGCGAUGGGGCCGGAAACCCCCGCGGUUGCAAAGGUACGACGGCAGAGGUCAGCGCUGGAUGCGGUGCCUUCCCGGAGUGCCUCGCCACCGGUGUUAACGAGAGCGGCGUCCAUGGCACCGCUGCGGAAGCCCACGUUAACAGAGCUACCGCUCCUGGCUCCCCUCCCAGCGCUUCCGCCGCCGGUUCCACCGUUGACGUUGCCGCCGCCGCCCCCUCAAGCGGUUCUAGCGACACCCCCGCCCGUUCCGCCGGCGCCGCCACCCGCGGCGCCGCCACCAGAUAUAACACAGAUGAAAGGCGCUGUGGGCAGCGGCAGCGGCGGCAGCGGCAGCAGCACCGACACUCCCAACGUGUCGACGCCGCCUAACACCGACGUCGUACCGGCGACCACCACCGCACCACCAACAACAGCGGAGCCACCGCCGCCACCUCCGCCGCUGCUGCCGGCGCCACCCCUGCCGGUUCCCCCGCCGCCGCCGAGGGUCGUCCGCACACCAGCCAUGGACCAACCGCGUGUCGUAGGGCGCAUCAUUCCGCUCCAGGCGGCUGCCGCACUAGCUGCUGGCGGCGCCGCCGGCGGCGGCGCUAGCCGAUGGUCCAUUGCGCCGCAACAGCCGUACAUCACAGAUGCGCAAAACGCUGCUGAGGAAGCAGCCAUGAUGAACAUCAGCCUCCAAGAUUACUUAACGGGUUCCAACGGCGGCGGAAAGAAUGCGGAAGACCUGGCGGCGCUGUGCGACAAGGCCGCCUCCGCCGGCGACUUUGGCGACGCCACUGGAGGCGCCGCGGCGGGAUCACUUCGCGCUCGGCCUGUCGUACGACGCACACCGCCCUCGAUGCGUUCCAUUGCACAGGGAAACUCCAGCUUUGACCGCAGGCUAAGAGAGCGCCUAGCUGCUGCUGCGGCGGCGGCGGCGGCAGCCAAUGGCGGCGACGGCAGCGGCGUAGGCAGCGGCGAUGGUACGGCAUCUUCCGAUACAAUGACGCCAGUGACCACCAUCAACGCACCGGCGACACCUCGUGAAACAGCUUCCACUGCUGCAGGGACGCCAGCCACGGGGCCGCGUCCCGGGUCGUCCACCCAGCGUCGUCCUUACUCCGACGCUGUCGUACAGCAACUAGCCUCCCAGGUGCCAGCGGCGGCGGCGGGACUGAGCGCCCUAUCUGCCGCCGUCGUACGUGCGACGACGCCGCCGAUGGGUGCCGCCAAUGCCGCCGUCAUGAGUGCGUCGCGACGGAUGGUAUCCUCUCCGACGGCGGCGCAGCUAGCGCCGUCGUCGCCACAAGGGCCGCCGCCGCUGCCCGCUAACUUCUCCCUGCCGAAUUCCACAACCGGCAUGCUAGACGCUGAACCGCCGAUAGUGCUUACAAAAUCGAUGAGUGGGCGGUCGCAUGGUAACGGCGGCGCUGUAUCGCCGCUGCUGCCGCCGACACGCAACGUGAGCAUCGCUCAUGAGCUCAAGUCCAGCCUCAGCCGAGACUCGCUGGGCAGCAACGACCGCGGAGAGGCUUCCGCAUACGGCUCCAACAGCCGUCGCUUCAGCAGCACGAAGCAGGUCAGCUUCGCGCCCUCGCAGCUGAUGAUUGACCCGCUGGGUCACGUUGAACGACUGCCGUCACGCGGGCAGCUGGGGCCGCUGACCAACCUAAGGGACGGUGACGGCGGCAGCGACGGCGGCGACGGACUCUCCCGGGGACAGAGCACGGUCGACAGUGAAGGCGACGGCGUCUUGUACUAUGGAGACGGGCAGAGAGUGCUUCUGACGCCGCUGACAGCGACGUCGACGUCACCGGCGUUGUUGCUGAACCAGCCGUACGGCAGUGGGGGCGCGUACGGCAACGAUGGCAACGGAAGUGAUGAGGCGUCCAGGGCGCCGGGCAAGUCCCGAAGCAACAUCAAGCUGGACCGCAUCCGGGAAUGGGUCAUGACAGAGGGCGAGCGUUACUUCCGUCUCGAGGAUGUGCGAGACAUUGGAGACACGGUGUACCCCUUCGGACCUGACCUGCUCAUGCGCGAGGACUCCAGUCAUCAACUGGUGUUGGACGGCGAGGGUGGCGACCCGGACGGUGAUGAGGGCGAUGAGGAGGGUGCUGCUCCCACCAGUCGUUGGGCGGACGUAGACGGGGCGGAUCCCGACUUCCUGGAUAUGCACGAGUUGGAAGACGAGGAGGGCGGCGGCAUGGGCGGGGGAGGCGGCAUGUACGGCAGCGGCAUGAUGCUGGAAGCGGCGUCACGGGGAGGAGGCGCGGAAGCGGGGCGCGGAGGAGGUCAACCAUCCGACAGCGACGAGCACGGCGGCGAUGGCUCCGGCGGCGGCGACGGGGACACCGGCUCCGAAAACUCCGAAGACAAAGAAUCCAAGGCCGUCGCCGCCUCAGCCGGACAGCAGGCAGGAGCCGCAGGAGCCGCCAGUGUAGCUUCAAGCAGCGCGCAAGCAGAUUUCCGCCGCGGCAAGCGUUGCCGCAAACUACUCAAGAUGCUGUCAACACCUGCCGUGCAACGAGCCACGCUUGCGUUCCGCUGGCAGGCGCUGCUAGCGAUUGCCGUACAGCUGCUUGCAAACCUGGCGUGUUUCGUGCUGCUGACGUUGCUGCUGACGCGGCAGGCGCGGGGUCUCACGGAGUUGAACGAUGUGGGGCAGGCGCUUGUGUCCUUCCAUGACACCAUGCUGUCGCUGCAGGUGAUGGACAACAUCUACUCCAACCGCUCGACUGCCAACGUGGGGCUGUACGACCGUAAAAACAUCACCCGGCUGGCCCGGGAGCUCAAGACGGCACUGGAUACCUCCUGGACCAACCACAACAACGUCUAUCUGGGCGCAAACGGGCUGCAGCAGCUGCCCUCCGCCUACAACCUGUCCGCACUGUGGAACGAGUGGAGGCACACCGAGCUGCUGUUCUACGGCCCCGCCGCCACCGACCAGCGCGCCACCACCCUAUGGCGGCUGGGCAACGCCUUCCUGCGUCAGGGCUACGAGCUGCACCACAGGCACGGGGACCUGGUGGGGGAGCUGGGCAGCCUGGCUGCCAGCGAUCCGUACAAGUACAUCCACAGCAACGGCCUGUUCGAGCUGUUCCGCGGCUAUCAGCUCACCCUCAACGCGCUGGUGUACAAGGCGGUGGACACCUCCAACACCAUCAACCAGCUGCAGCUGGUGCUGCUGGUCAUCGAGGGCUGCUGCAUCUGCGCGCUGGUGGUGGCCUACAUGGCCUGGCUGCUCAGGAAGGUGGACAACCAGCGGUACGGCAUGUACGGCGUGUUUCUGAUCGUGCCGGUGGGCCUGGUGCGGGGCCUGGCCUCCAAGACGGUGGCGGUGGAAGAGGAGAACAGCGACGGGGAGGAGGAGCAUCACGAGGAUCAGGUGGGGGAGGAUGUGGCUGGGGGUCUCCCCACGGCACCGCCGACUCCUGCGGGCCACGGCGAUGGAGGCGGCGGUGGCGGCGGAGGUGAUCGGGCUGGCGGCGGUGGUGGUAUCCGUAUUAACAUGGAUGGUGGCGGAGGCGCACCCCACGUCAGACGCUCCCACGGUGGGCACUCCAGCCGGCUGCGGGGACUGUACGACCGCAUCGCGUUCUGGCGGCUAUCCGCAGUACGACACGGCAAGCGCUCCAUGCUCCGCAACAGCAAGGAGAGCUUGUGGCUGCUGGCGCCCUUCGUGGUGUGGGGGCUGGUAGUGGUGGUGAUGCACUCGCUGGGCUAUGUCACCAUGGAGCAGGCCAGCGCCCCAGUUGCAAUGACCAACGUAGUGAAUACGGUGCUCACGCGGGUGCACCGAGUGGUGUACUUCGCCCAGGAGCUGGCGGUAGCAGUGGGAGGGGAGGCGCAGCAGGCGAUUUAUCCAGUGCUGCAGCAAGAGGUGGCCGACUUGAAGACGGAGUGGGACGUCAUGCUGUACGGAGCCAACGCCACGCAGGCUGCUGAGGCGCACUUCAGCCUGGCUCGCCGUGGGGUAGCCUUUGAGAAGGGCGCCGCCACGGACACGCUGUUCACGCCCGGGGUGUCCUGUUGGAUGCCUGACAUCGCGGACUGCUACCCAGCCGACCACCCCUACGCGGCGGUGGUGUACCGCGGCCUGAACGCCAUGAUGCAGCGUUUCUUCGUGGAAUCCGACCUGCUGCUCCGCGACGCGCCCUCCGCCUGGACCCUCAACUCCUCCCGCCUGGACUAUCUCUACCACGAGGGCACCGGCAACAUGCACUGGGCCAUGGCGGCCCUCACGGAGGAGCACCUGGCGCGGGUGGUGGCGCUGUACAUGCGCGUAGAGGUGUUUCAUGUGGUGGUGUUUGUGCUGAGCUGGCUGCUGGCGGCGCUGUUCUUGUUCGGCAUGCUGAGGCCCUUCAUGGGGCACACGCAGCGUGAGACGGAGCGCAUUGCCGAGAUGCUGAGUCAGCUGCCGGCUGAUGUGGACGUGGAGGGGUUGCUUAACAAGGCACUCAUCAGCAUCAAGGGGGAGGCGGUGGCAUCAAACAGAGGCGAGCAGCGAGCGGGUCGCAACCGGGUGGCUCCGCUGCUGGCGCCCUUCGACGCCGAGCAGGACACGCGCGUGGCGCCCAGGACAGAGUCCCGCAUGCGAGCUGCCAGGCUAGGAGAGGGCGGCGGAGGACUCAAGUAGGGGAGGUAGGCGUGAUUGGUGAAAGAUGUGGAAGGGAGACGGGGCAGUAAAACAUAUGAACAUUAGGUUGGAGGCUGCGUGUGUGUUUGGGGCGCCAUGGUUGGGUUGGGCAGGCUGCCUUUGUAACGUGCUGGAUUGAUAGGAGGGGUUGUGGUGGAGACCAGUGACGGAGACGUUGGACGUUUGCUACCGUUGAACGAGACGUGCACAUGACGCGGACGAAAGUAAGGGCCGUGUCUUGGAUUGGAGUCGCUGGCUGGUGGGCUGAGGUGGACCGGAAGAAGGAAAGGUGGUGCUGAGAGAGGAACACCAGCGAGCGAAAAGUGGGUGACAUAAAACCGCAGGUGACAGGGGUGUUACCUCUUUACUUCGCUUAUAGUAUGAGAGCUCUGAAGCGAGUGUGCGAGCAACAGAUCUUUUCUCGGUUGAUGCUUACGUGUUUCGGAUAAGAGCGACGUUUUGCGACUUCUGAAAGCUGCCUCUGACAUACAGCCCUGGUCGCCGUAUUGUACCUGCGCAAAGGGCGGGCGAGAACGUUACGACCGUUUGAUGCUGUUUCACGGCUUCUUGUGAUUUGGCAAACCUUUGCCUAAAUGGGGCGAGUUUGCGCACUCCGAAUCGCAGCUGCCGGAUUGCAGAGAUUUUUUUAUCAACCAGAGGCAUUUUGCAAGGCACUUGAAGGAAUCUACCUUAGGCGUCGGUUUUGUAGGCAUUCAAU